AUGGUUGUUGGUGACGGGGAAGGAGCUUCUAUGGGUACCGGAGUAGGCGCUUCUAUCGGUGUCGGGGCAGGCGCUUCCAUGGGUGCCGGUGUAGGUGCUUCUAUCGGUGAUGGAGUAGGUCCUUCCAUGGGUGCCGGUGUAGGCGCUUCCAUGGGUGCCGGUGUAGGCGCUUCUAUUGGUGCCGGUGUUGGCGCUUCCAUGGGUGCCGGUGUAGGCGCUUCUAUUGGUGCCGGUGUUGGCGCUUCCAUGGGUGCCGGUGUAGGCGCUUCUAUUGGUGCCGGUGUUGGCGCUUCCAUGGGUGCCGGUGUUGGCGCUUCAAUGGGUGCCGGUGUAGGCGCUUCUAUUGGUGCCGGUGUAGGUGCUUCCAUGGGUGCCGGUGUUGGCGCUUCCAUGGGUGCCGGUGUAGGCGCUUCCAUGGGUGCCGGUGCAGGUGCUUCCAUCGGUGAUGGAGUAGGCGCUUCAAUGGGUGCCGGGGUUGGCGCUUCCAUCGGAGCCGGAGUAGGCGCUUCCAUGGGUGCCGGGGUUGGCGCUUCUAUCGGAGGCGGAGUAGGCGCUUCCAUGGGUGCCGGGGUUGGCGCUUCUAUCGGAGGCGGAGGAGGCGCUUCCAUGGGUGCCGGGGUUGGCGCUUCUAUCGGAGGCGGAGGAGGCGCUUCCAUGGGUGUCGGAGUAGGUGCUUCUAUGGGUGAUGGCGGAGGAGGAAUGACUGUUGGUGACGGAGAAGGAGUUUCUACAACUGACGGUGGGGGAGGAGAAGGAGACGGGGGCAACGAAGGGGGAGGGAGAAGGGGAGGCGGCAGUGGUGGUGGGGAACCUGGAGGUGGGGGUGAAGGUGAAGGUGGCGGUGGAGGUGGAGGUGAAGGUGGCGGUGGAGGGGGCGAUGGAGGCGGAGGUGAAGGUGGCGGUGGAGGGGACGAUGGAGGCGGAGGUGAAGGUGGUGGUGGAGGUGACGGUAGUGGCGGCCGUGGAGGCGACGGUAGUGGAGGUGAUGGUGAUGGUACGGAACGUGGAGGUGGAGGUGGAGGUGACGGUAGUGGCGGUGGGGGCGGAGGUGAUGGUGGUGGCGGUCGCGGUGGAGGUGGGCAAAGGAAUGGAAGAGGAGGAAGAGGAGGAAGUAUUGGCUGGAUAAUUGAAGGUAUCUUAACACAAAAUCCAGGUAGUGGAGGUAGAGGAAAAGUGGCAUUGGCAGAAGAAGCAAGCAAUGCGAAUAUUGCAAAUACAAUAUUCCACAUUUUGUGCUCCAUGAUUACUUGCCACUAA